ACUAGGGUGUCUUUUUAUUCGCUCGACUACUUUACAGCCGUAGAUUGGUAUUUCAAGAGAUACUUUUCUUAAGAUGCGCCAUUGUUAUUGAGAAAAGAAGAAGAAUGGAAGACAAAGACAGAGAGAUGGGGGUGAUUGUUGUAAUGGGUUUUGGUGAGGAACUAAAGGUUGUGAUGGUGUGGUAGUCGAGGCUAUGAUGGGUGGUGAGUGUAAUGAUUUCCCAUUUUAGAUUUUUUUAAAUGAAAAUAAACCGUUGAUUUACAAAUUCCGCUAAUUAAACUUAUCAAUUGGGGCUUGCUCUUCGCUGAAAUGAGAGGAUUUGUAAGUUGUAACUGAAUUUAGGCUUUAUUUGGUUCGUCUUAAUUAAGACUUUGUUGGUUGCAUUUAAAUUCCGGGGAAAUACAUAUUGUUGGGAAGUUCAUUAAUUUUAGUAAUUACUGUUUGGUUAACAAUAUGAGAAGUUGAUAUCAAUUGGGAAAUUAGGAUUCCUACAAUACAGGGGAAAUAAUUUACCAACCCCUACAUGGGCUAUAUUGGUAACUCAAACUUCCUACAUUUAUAUUGGUAAAAAAUAAAAUUACAUUACUACCAUUUUUAAAAUUGUUAUAUUACAUUAAUACACAAGAAUUACAUGAGUUUACCAAACAAAAUAUAAGAUAAUUAGUGGGAAAUACAUUUUUUUUUAGUGUCAACCAAACAUGAUAAUAGUUUCCUCCAAAAAAAAAAAAAAAGUUAAGUGCAUCAUUGACAAAAUCUCAUAUCAUCACAUGCAAUCACUUGUUCGAGAAAAUCAAGAAUUACUCGAGACUUGCAAAAUCGAUAGGGCAUGCGGGUUAAAUAAUUGCCCGAGACCAAAAAUGAGAUAGUCCAUGUUAUAAAUUCCAAAGGGUAUAGAGAAGCUAAGUAUCAAAAAAACAUAGAGACACUUUGGGAUGAAGAUUCCCUUACACUUCUCCUCCACUUUCAACUUUCAAAGUAUCUAGCCCACUAACACGGUUGGGAGGACAUUUGAGAGGUUUCGAUCCAAUAGGGCCCUUAUCCUUACUAAUUUUUUUUUUUUGAAAAAGUGUCAAAACUUGAUGCAUUCAACCCAAUCUAAUCGAAAAAAAAUCCAAUUCUAAUUUUAAACUCGCAUGAAAACAAUGAUUUUACAUAACUCAACUUUAAAAUAAACCCGACUCAACCUAAUACGCCCGACCUCAUUAUCAAAACUGACACAUGGCUGAUGGGUGUAACUCUUGCCGUGCAAGCGGUUACAUAGGAGAAAUCAGACGUUUGAGAGAAACAAAAGGAAAAUAAAAAGCGAGGGAAAAAAAAUGCUCAGCUCAUCUCCUCUUUCUCUCUCCUACACGUUCGCUUCUUCUCCCAUUCCUCUCAUCACACCAUUUUUGCAAUAUUCAAAGCUCCAAAAAUGUCUACUUUAUUCCAUUGGAGAAGGUUGUUGGGGCAAUCUGCGUUGCGUCGAAUCCUCUUUUCCGGCGAAGAUCGGUGGAGGAAGAUGAUUCAACCGCCGGCGCUCAUCAAUUUCCCGGCGAGAAAUCAAGAGAGAUGCAAUUGGGGCGGCGAUUUCCCUAAUCGUCGGAGAAUAAUGGCGGAGGUGAAUUGCCCUAGGUGUUCUAGGAUUAUAGAUGUAUUUUUAUCUAAAAAUCAAAAUCAAAAUCAGAAUCUAAGUCAUGUUCAUAAUUCGUCAAUUGAGGGUGAUAAUGUUGUAGAAUUUGAUUUUCAAGCUGUUUGUCGUUGCCCUAAUUGUAAAUCUGAAUUUUAUUUUCGUCCCCAUAAAAUGGAUCCUGUUCAUGGGAGUUUUCUGGAGAUUGGGAGCUCUGAGAAUGGUAGAAAUAAUUCUAAUAACAGUGUAAUUAAUAGUGAUGAUGGUAAUGAUAAUGACGAGAAAUUUAAGGAUAAUGAUGAUUUCAGGAUUUCCUUGAAAUAUUGGGAGGCUAUGAAGAAUUCAUAUAUUGGUGGUGGUGGUGGUGGCGGGAGGAGUGGUGAACCGCCUUUGAAUGUUGAAAAUGAGAUGAUGAUUCACAAUCCACCAACUCCGCCGUACAUAAUAGGGGUUCAUUAUUCUAGGGGUCAUGGUCAUGGUCGUCGUGGUGGGAAGGGGAAAGAUCGGCGAAAUGGGGGGAAUGAGAAUGAUCCAACUGGUUGGGGAGGAGCAGAUUUAGGGAAGAAUUUGCCUACGCCGAAGGAAAUUUGCAAGGGAUUGGAUAAGUUUGUCAUUGGACAACACCAUGCCAAAAAGGUCCUUUCUGUGGCUGUCCAUAAUCAUUAUAAAAGGAUUCAACAUUCUUCGAUGAAAGGAUCAGAAGCGCAGUUACAUGCUAUGGAGGCAGAGGAUGAUGAUGUAGAGUUAGAGAAGAGCAAUGUCAUAUUGAUGGGCCCAACUGGUUCUGGAAAGACACUUCUUGCAAAAACACUUGCUCGCUUUGUAAAUGUGCCAUUUGUUGUUGCAGAUGCAACAGCCUUGACACAGGCUGGCUAUGUUGGAGAAGAUGUCGAGGCAAUAUUAUACAAGUUGCUUAUGGCUGCAGAUUUCAAUGUUCAAGCUGCUCAGCAAGGGAUAGUCUACAUCGAUGAGAUUGAUAAGAUAACUAAAAAGGCUGAUAGCAUGAAUGAUAGUAGAGAUGUCUCUGGUGAAGGUGUUCAGCAAGCAUUGUUAAAAAUCCUCGAAGGAACUGUUGUGACUGUUCCUGAAAAGGGAGGAAGAAAGCCUUCUCGUGGAGACCCUGUUCAGAUUGACACUAGAGAUAUUCUUUUCAUCUGCGGUGGUGCCUUUGCUGAUCUGGAGAAAACAAUUUCGGAGAGACGACAAGAUUCUUCAAUUGGUUUUGGUGCACCUGUCCGGGAAAACCUGAGAAAUGCUGGAGUGGCUAGUGCUGUGGUGACUUCAGCUUUACUUAAGACUGUAGAAAGUAGUGAUCUUAUUGCCUAUGGUCUCAUUCCAGAAUUUAUUGGCCGCUUCCCAAUUUUGGUUAGUCUAUCAUCAUUGACCGAGGACCAACUAAUGCAGGUCCUUACUGAACCAAGGAAUGCUCUUGGGAAGCAGUAUAAGAAAUUGUUUAUUAUGAACAAUAAAGAGCUUUGAGAUUAAUUGCCAAGAAAUCAAUGGUCAAGAACACUGGUGCAAGGGAUUUAAGAUCCCAACUGGAAAGUGUACUAACAGAGGCUAUG